AUGGCUGCUGUUUUUGUUGAAGAAAGCAGUUCAAGGCGGCAACAAAACUGCGUCUUCAAUGAGGGCAACGACUGCUCUAAAUUAGCAGAAGUCAACUUUACCGCCGAAAUUCGUCGGCCGCUUGUGAACUUCACAGCAUCAACAAAUUCAUGGUCAACUCUAAUCAAGAUUCUGGAUAUAUCAUCUGUCUCCUAUAGCUUUAAGCUACUGGUUUUUCAGCUGUACAAUAAGAGAAGCAUUGAUUCAAUAGCAAAAGGACACAGAAAGGGAAUAAAAGGAGAAAAGAUAUCUGAGGAGCAGCAGAGAGUUCAGAUUCCUAGAGUGAAACUUGGAACUCAAGGACUUGGGGUCUCCAAGUUGGGGUUUGGCCGUAUGGGGCUUACUGGAAUGUACAAUGAUCCUGUCCCUGAUAAUGUUGGCAUAUCAAUAAUCAAGCAUGCAUUUGAUAAAGGAAUCACUUUCUUCUAUACAUCAGAUAUCUAUGGACCCAAAAUUAAUGAAAUAUUGGUUGGAGAGGCAUUGAAGCAACUACCGCGAGAGAAGGUGCAGUUAGCCACAAAGUUUGGUGUUGUAAAAACGGAUUCUACUGGUCUAAUAAAUGGUACCCCUGAAUAUGUCCGCGCCUCUGUCGAGGAUAGCCUGAAGCGCCUUGAUGUGGAAUACAUUGAUCUCUACUAUCAGCACAGGGUUGACACUAAUACACCAAUAGAGGAUAUUGCAAGUGCUGUAUAGCUUCUCUACUAUCAGCCACAGCCUCUUGGUCGCGGUUUCUUUGGGUGUACCCCUGCACAACUAGCACUUGCCUGGGGUUCUUCAUCAAGGGAAUGAUGUAGCACCUAUUCCUGGUUAGUCACAUUCUGUAUUUUCAAUAUCCAUUUUAUUCUCUUAGAUUAGCAGUCAAUACAGAUAUUUCAACAACAUCACAGCAGAAUUGACAUAAUUUGCCUCAAAAUAUCACAGCAGAUAUCCUAAAUUUGCCUUGUUUGUUAUGUUGCAUUAGAAAUAUGGCUUUUGGCCCUCCAUUUCACUUUCUUGUAGGAACGACCAAGAUAAAAUCUAGAUAGCAACAUUGAUUCUCUAAGAGUGAAGCUCACAGAAGAAGAUUUAAAGGAGAUCACUGAUAUGAUUCCCAUAAACGAGGUAGCAGGGCCUAGAAUGCGGGAUAGUUUUUCUCAAGUCUCAUGGAAAUUCGCUAA